AUGUCUCAUCCGAAAAGCAAUAUGUCGUCAACGAAAAAGUUGAGGAAGAGCUCGUCCUCGCGGCGGCACAAUGCUCCAGUGAACGAAUGGAAGCAAUAUAUUUCACCUGAUGGACAUCCGUACUAUUAUAAUGCUGCAACAAAGGAGAGUAGGUGGGAAGUGCCGAUUGAGAACGAGCGACCGAAAGGAACCAAGCGAACCCUUGCCUUAAAUAUUGAACAGUCUUCUGAACACGACGAAGGUGUGAAUCAAGAAGCGUCUGUGACUCAAGAAUAUUCAUUUAAGACUCAAAAAGAGCAUUUAAAAAGCCACAAGAGCGCGAUAGGCAAGACAGACGCUAGUGCAACGCCCAAGCCUAAGAAUUCCAUGUUUCAAGAGCUGCAGGCUUCGCUGGAAGGAAGUCUUCGAGAAAGCAUGAUGAGAGCACUGAAACCACCUGCCAUUCUUGAAACCAGGCAAAGUCAAGCGCUUGAAACCUCUCCAGCGAUAGAAACACAAUCUCUUGAAGAGCAGUAUGAGGCCGAGACAAUUGGAAUGAGUGCAGCUGAGCGGCUACGUUUUUUACGGAAGAAAAGGCAGGAGAAUAUGAUCAGUAAUAGGGAGAGCCUUGCUGGUGACGACUUUAUGGCCGAAGUCGCUAACAAUUUGAAAAAGAAGGGCGUCAUAGUGAAGCCUAAAGAGAAACAGCGCGAUGGCAGUGAGAAGGGAGUAGAUUGGGAGGAACAAGAACAGGCUGAGGUGCAACGCAAACAACAAGAAAUGCAGAAGGAGAUGGAGGAAAUAAACGAAAAGGAGAGACAGCAACAACAAGAACAAGAGCUUUCGAGGCAGCUAGAGCUGGAAUUGCAGCACGAGCAGGAAAAAAAAAAGAUGCGGAGAAAGCGCAAAAAAAGAGUGGAGAAGGAAGUGGAGAAGGAAGACGCAGGCCGUGAUUUUGAUUCUAACAAUGCAAAGUCUAGUCUUGAACACAAUGCUUCAAUUACUGUAGACAUGCCAAUUGUGUCGGUUGGCGACGAUCAAGUUUUUUCAUCGUCUGAAAGCAUAGAACAUAGGAGUCGUCACAAAAACAGUCGUAACAGCUUGACUCAACUUGAUGGACGAAAUGAAAUCAGGCAAACAAAUAGUUCUGAGGACACUGUAGAAGGUGAGCACAGUGAAUAUUUGGAUCUUGCUUUAGUCCAGAAGGUUAAUGAGCGAGCAGAUCACCAAGAUCACAAGAAGCGUGAAAAAAACGUGGUUACAGAAGUGAAUGGUGCGACAGUACAAAGUAAGGUGGCAUCAGAACCAUCGCGACGUAGGUCAGAGUCGAGAUCACAGACAAGAACUCGCUCUUCAAGUAGCGUCAAAGAAGAAGAUGCCCGCGCAAAAGAAACGCAUCUUCGCCGUGAAAGAAGGCGGAUGGCAAAAAUGGAAGCGGCAUUUUCUGUUCACAACUUAGAAAGUACCAAUGGCGAACAGCCUUCAGACAAGAUCUCGAAGCAAGACGUAGCUGGCAGCACUAACUUAGCUCCCAGCUCAGAUUACGCUGCAUGGUACUUCAAGAACAGUCAGCCGGUUGGUCAGCCGGUUCUUGGUCAGCCAGUACCAGGCCAGUUGCUAUCCAAUAGUGGAAUGUAUUCUCAGUAUCCGUACGUCAUGAUGCUACCGCAACCACCUUCGCUACACGGACACUACCAUCCGUUCGUACCACCGCCUAUCAUGCCAAUGCCUGUGUAUGGAUACGGAAUGAUACCUUCAGAAACUCAGUCGAUUUCACCAAUCACUCCAUCUUCGACAAAUGGAACAAUGGCCUUAGUAUCGUACGGUGCAGACUACGAAGGUUCAUUUAGUCAGCAGAUUGCUCCAGAACUUACUAAGUGCGAAUGCUGUAAGGGUGUUGGCGUGGGUCUAGUGGAAAGAAAUGGCGUCUGUGCGCAUUGUAACCGACUUCGUCUCGCAUUUAUUAUCGAUUCUGCUCAAAUGAGACAGCGUUGCUCAGUAUGUGGUGGAUGGGGAUUCCAACUUCUUCAAGCAAAUGGAAUGUGCGCACAUUGCACUCGACAGAAAGCUAAAAAGACGCAGGCAAAGCUAGACAUUAAUGCCGCAGCUCCUCACUUCCAUAUCGCUACAACCGGACAAAAAACAUUGGUUAAUUCAUCUAAAACCCAUAUACUGGAUGAUGUGGAAUGGGAUAAUUCUUCUGAUGAGUCUGACUGGGACGAAUGA